GGAAGAAAAUGUAGACGACGGAGAGAAAAUUGAAGAUGUGGACGAGGAGAGCGUGAAGUCCAGAGGGGAAGAAAUGCCAUGAUCAAAGAGAUUGACUCAAGUGUUAUGGCUGUCCUCCCCCUGAGGCGUCUUGUCCUGUAGAGGAGCUGCGCGUUUCUGAUCCACAAAGACCCGUGUCGUACCGUCAGCCCGAGGGAGGAUGGAGGAGCUGUCAGGGAAGGAGAAGGAGCUGAUACGAGGCAGCUGGGAGAGCCUGGGCAAGAACAAAGUUCCUCACGGUCUCGUCAUGUUCUCCAGAUUGUUUGAACUGGACCCCGCGCUCGUCAGUCUUUUCCACUACAGUCCAAACUGUGGCUCCACUCAGGACUGCCUGUCCAGCCCUGAGUUUCUGGAACAUGUCACCAAGGUAAUGCUGGUGAUCGACGCGGCGGUCAGCCACCUGGACGACCUUCACUCUUUGGAGGACUUUCUGUUCAACCUUGGCAAGAAGCACCAGGCGGUCGGAGUCAACACGCAGUCAUUCGCAGUGGUGGGUGAGUCCCUCCUCUACAUGCUACAGUGCAGCCUGGGACAGGCCUAUACUGGGCCGCUGCGUCAGGCCUGGCUCAACAUGUACAGCAUCGUGGUGGCCGCCAUGAGCCGAGGGUGGAGCCAGAAUGGCGAGGACAAGGCCGACUGAGGCGCUCAGCGGGGGCCGCUGAGCAAUUGCUCUGAAAUCGCUCGGCUUGGUUGCCAAGGAAUGAGGUUGUGUAACUUGGCCGCCGUGCAUUUACUCUGAGAGCGGGGGUCAUGUUUGUUACAGAAUGUACAGAGAGCGCACCUGGAGCAGAGUUGAUUUUCUUUGCUGUGGAUGUUCAGCAGACACAGGUGACGGUGCGAAGGGUCAGUGCGUCUGAGCUCCAGACACUGAGAAACAGGACAACAGCGUAGUCUUCGUGUUUUCAGUGGCUUUGAUAUAUUUACUCAAACGUGAACACCAGUGACUGUAGUGAACUUUGUGCCGUAUCUAAAAGAGUUCCAAACAGUAGAUGUUACACUGUAUUUAAGCAUCAGACACUACUUCAACUGUGACGAUUGCUGUGUCCAGCCGGCAGCUGUUUAUCAACCUGGAACACAGUGAUAUUUAAAUGUAAAUGUUUGAAUUUAGGACAAAAACAAUGAAGAGAAAAACACAGUGAUUACAAUCAUUACUGUGUUUUUUAAAUGUUGUUUAUUAUUGCACUUUGUUACACCUCUGUGUUAACCUACAUUGAACUAGUUCGUAAUAUUUUAACAUGACAAGAACUGUUAUAAAACAAUAGCUUUUCUUCUGUCCAUAACGACUGUUAAGACAUAGAUGUACACCUAUUUCUGAUGGUGUAUGAUGCUCUCUCUCUCUCUCUCUCUCUCCCGCACUCCCUCUCCUGCAGAGGUUG